CAGUCUGUAGAUAUUUCAACCAUCUAUCCAAAGCAGAUGCUGUGAUGAUCUAUAUAACAAGCACGCGUUCCCGCUAUCUCCCCCUCCACUGCCCUCAUCAUCACACUCCUUCACAUCCCCUCGUCCUCUUAAAUCAAUCGAGAUGAAGUCCCAACUCCUCCUCCCAGCCGCACUGCUGACCCUAACGCACGCCGCCACAAUCCCAGAAUCCGCAAAACCUAUCAUAGUCCCAGACUCAACCCUCGACGCCGCCAUCCGCGAACCCCUCCAAAACUUCAUCACCGGGCCCGUCCACGGCAUAGACCCCUCUGCCUUCUUCCCCGUCGUCACCCUCUCCGAGAACGACGAGUACAAACUCGCCGCCGCGGGCGAGGUAGCCUGGGCCGCCAUCGAGCUCGAGGCCUCGGCCGCCCUCGCUGGUUCCGGCUCCGUUUCUGCCUCUGACAAGGGCGAGAACCUGCGUGAUGCUGCGGCCGUGGCUGUAAACUCCAUUGCGAGGAGCGGUGUCCCCCCCCCUCCUCACUCGGACCCCCCGCACCGGGAGCCCCAUGGGCAUCAUGAGGGUAUUACUAGGGAGCAGCUUUGUGAAUAUUACAAGGGUAUUGCGUGGAAGACUGGGGAUCUGCAGACUGCUGUAUAUCAGUGGCAGUAUGAAUAUGUUCCUUGGCUUGUUCACAACAAGGGACCUUACAUCGUUGUUCUAGACGGCCUCCGUCACAUCGAAUGGGUCCUCUGGAAGAUCGAACAAGCCCUCGUCAAUGCACACUUCCACUACGAAGAUGAGUUCGACAUCCUCAAAUGCUAUCAAGAGUACUCCGGCCGCGAACUCCAAAUCACCCACGUCCCAACAACAGCCCCGGCCCUCCCCACCCAAACGACUGCAAACAUGACAAUCGGCCUCCCAACAAACACAAUGGUCCACCACCCCCGCGCCCUCGACGAGCAACUCGUCACCACCACAGUCACAAUCCAACCCGCCAGGCCUACCACGCUGCCACCACCAGGACAUCCUGAGAACAACAACAACAACAACAACAACAACAACAACAACAACAACAACAACAACAGACACGAAGAGACCGGCACCUCGUGGCCUCACCUCCCCUGGCGCCGCGACCACCCGUCCUUGAAGAAGCUCCUCCGCCUCAUCACGGCCAAGGCCCCCGUGUCAAAGUACCAGUCGUACGCGAACCACCGGAUUUAUAAUGUCUUGAAGCAGCUCGAGUAUACGGCGUUGGCUUCUGCCAAUGCCCUGCGCAGCAAGUUGAGGGAUCCGCACCACCAGUCUCUGCUCGACUACGAUAUCUGGAAGGGUCAGGGUAUCAACCACGCCUUUGAGGUGGCAAUCGCAGCAUAUGAGGUCAAAUGAGUGACGAUGUAGAAGCCACUUCGCCCGCUCCUUCGAGGCUUCUCGCUUUCUGAAGAGCAAGGCGGCUUCACGGGCUUCACGAGCUUCACUGGAACUCUUGAGGGUUGGCAGCGAAUGGUGGCUGAAGCCAAGCUCAACCAAGACAGGAACUUAAUGGAGGUUUCAUACAAUAGGAAAGACUUGUCAUCAACAGAAUUCGUGGAACAUUGAAAA